UCCACGGUAGCUGCUGCGCUCCUCUCCACACUACAGCAACAAGCGCGGAGCCGUGCGGGGCAGCAGGGGUGUGUGUGAGUGUGUGUGUGUGUGGACGGACAGACAGACAGACAAUUGGAGGGACAGACAGGCUGCAGCAGGACGGGCUGUGCGCUAAAUGGGAUUAAACCGCUCAGACAGCGCUUGGAAACAGUAGUAGUAGUAGUAGUGGAGAGUAGGGGGAGCUCCGCGCCGAGCAGCGCCGCAUGUGCUCGCCUUGUGUGGAAAACUUGCAUUGAAUUUGGAGACGAGAGCAACCCAAUAGAGGAGGAAAACUGUCUCGAGCCGGUUUGUAAAUCCUGGUUCAGGUUCAAGCACCAGGACUAAUCGAGGAGCUGCAAACCGACCCCUGCCUCCGCUCUCACAUGCCUGCGUUGAUGUGGGAGAGAGGGAGGGGAGCAGAGCAGGGGGAUGUUUGAAUUUCUCUAAACUUGCAGAAAUAUUUAGUUUUUCUUUGCUGGGGUGGAUAAAAGGAGAUGUCGGGGGUCAUGGAGAGCCAAGCGGGCGACCUCCAGAGCUGCGAGGACGUGCGUAAAAGCGGCUAUCUCCGCAAGCAGAAGUCCAUGCACCGGCGGUACUUCGUGCUCCGUGCUGCCUCGGAGCGCGGCCCGGCCCGCCUGGAGUACUACGAGAGCGAGAAGAAAUUCCGCGGCAAGGCCCCCGUCCCGAAGAAAGCGGUGGCGCUGGAGACCUGCUUCAACAUCAACAAGCGGGCCGACUCCAAGAACAAGCACAUGAUCGUGCUCUACACGCGGGCGGAGAGUUUCGCCAUCGCCGCGGAGAACGAGGCGGACCAGGACGAGUGGUACCAGGCCAUGGUGGACCUGCAGUGCAAAAGUAAGAACCCCACCGACAGCAGCGAAGGGGGCGACUACGGCGUGCCCAAUCCCGGGCCUGCGUUUAAAGAGGUGUGGCAGGUGAAGGUGUGGCCCAAAGGCCUCGGUCAAGCCAAGAACUUGGUGGGUAUUUACCGCCUUUGCCUGACCGACAAGACGGUCAACUUCGUCAAGCUCAACUCGGACGCCGCCGCCGUGGUGCUGCAGCUGAUGAACGUCCGACGCUGCGGACAUUCAGAAAACUUCUUCUUCGUAGAGGUGGGGCGCUCUGCUGUGACGGGCCCGGGCGAGUUCUGGAUGCAGGUUGAUGACUCGGUGGUCGCCCAGAAUAUGCACGAAACGUUGCUCGAGGCCAUGAAGGCUCUGAGCGAGGAGUUCCGCCAACGCAGCAAGUCUCAGUCGAACUCCGGCCCCGGAGGAGGGGCCACCGCCUCUAACCCCAUCAGCGUCCCCUCGCGCCGCCAUCACCCCAACCCUCCUCCCAGCCAGGUGGGCUUCACGCGCCGACCCCGAACUGAGCCUCCUGGAGGAGCCAAUGGAGGAGCAGGGGUUAGCAGUGCCAACGCCUCUCCCACCCCACGCCACAGCUUCCCAAGGUCUCGCACCGCCAGUGACGGCGGAAAAGGUGAUGAUGGGGUAGCAGGGACCACGCCGCUCCAAGGGCCGUGCUCCAGCCCCUCCACUAACGGCUCCUGCUCCACCACGCCGAUCCUCAGGUCAAAGUCCGCCCGUUCAGCCCCCACCACAUCUGCUAAAACUCCUCAUGGGUUGAUGCGCUCCAUCUCCACUCCGGCGCCAUCCCCAGCGCCGAGCCUCUCCUCCAGCUCCGGGCACGGCUCUGAGUUUGGAGGAGUGACGUCUACAAGUGGCGGUCCCGGAUCUGGCGCUUACAGCCGCGUUCCCUCCCAUCGCGCCUCCGUCUCGGGCUCACCCAGCGACUACGGCUCCUCAGAUGAAUACGGCUCCAGUCCCGGGGAUCACACGCUCCUCCCCUCACCGAGCCUCCCCGGGAGCUCUGUUGGGAGCGCUGGCAGCCAGUCGCUUGGCGAGGAAGGAGCUAACUACAUCCUGAUGGGCCAACGUAGCAGCAGCGGUGGUGGUAGUAGCAGUAACCAAGGGAGCUUGAUGUCCAGCUCUAUGCCAGCACCAGGAACACCAGCCUCGCAACCCCAAACCAGAAGAGUCCUGCGUCGCUCCUCCAGCCGGGAAAGCGAAGCUGAACGCCGGCUGCUUAGCAAACGUGCUUCGUUACCUCCGAUGGCUUUAGAGAGGCUGGCGCCACGUCAGCGCCGAGCCGAGGAGCCGGCAGAUGAAGAUUCCGCAGAUUACGCCAUCAUGUCCAGGAGCACCAGCCGAGAGUCCUUUGCUUCCACCUCCUCGUCCACACAGAGGGAACUGACGGGCGUCGGGUCCGCAGGAGGAGGAGGAGGGUACUUGGACGUGGCGGGGGAGUUCAAAAGCGACGGCGGUGGAGCGGCAAGCAUAGAUAUCGGUGUGGACAAUGGAUACAUGUCCAUGCUGCCUGGGGUCACUCAACCCCCAGCGUCCCAAUCAUUGGCCGUCUCCGUCCCCGACUCUGAUUCCAAACCUGCUGACGACUACAUGGCCAUGACGCCUAACAACAGCGUAUCCCCGCCGCAGCAGACCCGGCCGCCACCAGCUUCCGACGGCUACAUGAUAAUGUCCCCCAACAGCAGCUGCUCCCCCGACCAGCGCGGCGGUCUCUCUGGAGGGGCGUGGGUCGGCAGUGGCAGCGCAGACAGCCGGGCGGGUAGUGACUACAUGAACAUGUCGCCAAUCAGCGCUCGCUCUGUAAACGGCAGCCCGCCUCCUACUGAGCACACAGGUCACUCAGAGACGAGUUCUCAACAACAAGCACCCAAAAUGGUGUAUUCGUACUACUCCCUUCCUCGCUCGUACAAGCAUAACCCUUCAGCUGGACAUUUUGACGAUGGGCCAGGGCGAGGAAGGAGGCCCAAUGGGAGCUGCAGUCGGGGUAUGGGUGGCGGUCGGACUGUGGGAGGGCGUCAGGAGCAAACAGGGAAUUCAGCAGUUGGACGCCACUUGUCCCUAUCCUCUUCUUCAUACUCGUCCAGCUCCGCCAGCAGUGAGAGCCUCGGAGAGAGUGAGGACCGAGUGGUGACAACCGGGGGAGCUCCGUCUAAAGACGGCAGUAAGCUCCAGCAGAGACGCGGAUCUGGCGGAUUGUCCAAGCAGGGGGGUCGGAACAGACCGGUGAGUCUGUUUGUCGAUGUAUCCAAGGCGAACACCCUCCCGAGGGUCCGUGAGAACCCUUUGCCGCCAGAACCGAAGAGCCCAGGAGAGUAUGUGAGCAUCGAGUUCAAGGGGGACAAGAGCAGCCAGAGUGGGGUUGGAGGAGGGCGUGGUCGGGGUCUCAGGCACGGUUUGUCUCUUCCUCAUGGAUCAAGCAGCAAGCACCCUCAACACAGACCAACUUCCUGCUUAGGGAACUUUAUCCCGCUCUCCCGCAGCCCCUCUGCCCCAAUCACACCGCCAGCUGCCUCAGAGUACGUCAACAUGGACUUGGGCCCUUCUCCGUCCCCGUCACCCCUCUCCCUUACCCCACUAGUGUUCCCGUCUUUCCACACCCCUCCCACACCACCAGCCCUUGCUCAUGCGCCCAAAUCCUGUGAUGAGGGUACGACUAGUACUCGUGAAGAGAGCGCUGAAGUGGCUGAGGCCCCGCUUCGGAAAAGCAGCGUCCCGUCAGAGUCCCCGACAUCCUGCGGAGAUUACACAGAGAUGGCCUUCAGCUUGAACAGUAACACCGUCCCCAGGUCGUCAACAAGCGUCUCCCCCAAAGUCCCUUCCCCGACCAGGACUGAUCCCUCCGUUCCUCGCGGUCUAGACUUCCCCCUCACUAAACCCGGACCCAACCCCGACCACGGGGCGAAAGUUAUCCGCGCCGACCCCCAAGGACGCAGACGGCACUGCUCCGAAACUUUCCUCGCCCCGCCUUCCCUCCCCACUUCUACCUCCACGUCUUCUUCGUCCUCCACCGCUUCACUUUUUCCAGAGCACGCCCAAGCCGUGGCCCGCCGCCUCGGCUUCGAGAGCAUGCUGUGGGGCAACGGCGCCGUCACCGAUAACCCCGCUCAGUUCCCCGGACAGCAGCCACUCCCCGCAAACACUUCGUCCACAGAGCAAGGCCUUAACUACAUAGACUUGGACUUGGCCAACAAAGAGAGCCCCCAUUUGGGCCUGGAUGGACCCUCAGGUAGUCAGGCCCCCUCUCGGCUCUUCUCGGUACUGGGUGGAGGGUCUGGGGUCGGGGGAGUGAGCGCGGCGGUUGGCAGCAGCAGCAACAGCAGCUCCAGCCUCAACACUUACGCCAGCAUCGACUUCUACAAAUCGGAGGAGCUGCGGACACAUCAGAACGGAAACAAGGAGGGAACAGAGUGCUGAUGUCAGUGCGUCGUCCUUUGGGAAACAAUCGGGUGCCGCUCGGAGCGCUUCAAAGCUCCUCCUGUUCCUUUUGUGACAACCAAUCACACAGAAAG